AUGGCAUCAGGCAUCCCGAAACGCAGCCGCUCAGCAGGUCUGUGGCUUUUGGGACUUUGCAUUGCAUGCUGCAGUUAUGGCCCCCGGAUGUUUUUGCUUCCAAGUGUGGCACCAGCCCGGCCAGGGGCACAGAUGCAGGUUGACACGGUUGACACCACAAGAUCUCAUCUCACCGGGCUCACUUGGAACUUCGCUCCCAGCUUUGAGCCGAGUUCUGGCCGCGUCCGCUCUAGCUCCACGGCCCUUGGCGUUGGCAAAGUGUUGAAGGUCAUGCUUGGAGUGCCCAGUGCGUUGGCAGUCUUUAGCUUCCUCAUGGUUUUGCGCGGCUACACGACAAAGGAGAGUGAUGGUGAUACAAUGCAAGAGAGAUGGUCUAGUUAUGCCAAGAAGCCCGGUCAGCGUAUGUUGGCGCUGAUGGCUGGCGCCGCACGUGUGGGACUCAUCGCCUUAAGGGCCAAGCUCAUCAGGGAUCCAAAAAAGAAGUCGGCCAUGCACACUCGUGCUGGCAAACGGGCCGUCACAGAGCUGGUCAGGUUGGGUCCAACUUAUGUAAAGCUCGGGCAGAUCCUGUCAUGCAGAGAAGAUUUGGUGCCGAAAGAAUACAUCAAAGAGUUGAAGCGUUUGCAGGAUGAAGUGCCUGCUUUCAGUGGGAAACGCGCUUUGAAGAUUAUCGAGACUGAGCUGGGCAAGCCGGCCAGUGAGCUCUUCGCGGAGUUUGAUGACAAGCCUUUGGCAGCGGCUUCUCUUGGACAAGUGCACCGCGCCAAGACCAAAGACGGGACGGAGUUGGCCAUCAAGAUCCAGCGCGAUAACUUGAAGGAAAUGUAUGACCUCGACCUCGCCCAGUUUGACAAGAUUGCGGUCAUGCUUGACAAGUAUAAGAUUGGUGUCGAGGGUGCUUCCAAUGUUUGGGUUGACAUGUUUGAGGAUGCCAAAGUGAUUUUGUAUCGCGAGAUUGACUAUCGUGCUGAAGCCGAAAACACUCAACGGUGGUACGAGAACUUCAAGAAUGUGAAGUGGACAACAAGCCCAAGAGUCAUCGAUGAAUUUACGACCUCGAAGGUCCUUGCUUUGACCUUCGUUGCCGGCACCAAGAUUUCAGAUCUUGAAAAGCUCAAAGAGCAAGGAUUCGAUCGCACGCAACUGGCAAAGAACUUGGCACAGGCUUACUUGCUCGCCUUUUGCAAGUUUGGCUUUUUCAACACAGAUCCCCAUCCUGGCAACUUGGCCGUCGAUGAUGGUUAUCCUGGCGGGCGGCUAAUUUUCUACGACUUCGGGCAGGCCUGUGAGCUCCAGGAUAAGCAGGCAGGUGGGAUUCUUCAAGUGAUCCAAUCGAUCGUGGAUUUCGAGGCCGCUGACUGCGUAAAGGCGAUGGACAACCUGGGUUGCUUGAAGAAGGGAGCCGACUUCAAGAAGGUGGAGGGUGUCGUGCAGAACAACUUUGAAACAGGCAAGGUCAAGAGCAAGCGCAGCAAGCGAAAGCGAGAGCUCACAGAAGAAGAGAAGAACAAAAAGGCACCCAAGCAAACAGAGGUGAUGAAAUACUUCCAAUUGCCGCCUGCUUUGGCAUUUGUCGCGCGAGCUAUCACCCAAAUGGAAGGUGUUGGCGUUAUGUUGGAUGAGGACUAUGAGUUUAUUGAUUUUGUGGCGGACAAGGUUCCCGAGUUGCAGGUGGAGCGAGGUGCAGGAAUCAGCUACAUUGCAGGUCAGCUGUUCAAGAAUUGGGCAAGAAAUUAA